GCGAAAAAUAUACUUCAACCAUGGUUCAGGCUUUAGACGAGUACGACAUCCAGCCGGACUUACCGCAGGCGUUGCGUUUACUGGACGAAAUGAACAGUAACUUCCGGCAGGUUUCCGACCUAGUGGGCAAUAUGCUGCAGCGUGUCAAAACCGGAGAGCUGUCUACCGAGUAUGGACUAAACUUUCUGGAAAUCAAGUAUCACAUGCUGCUAAACUAUCUUAUCAAUCUGACGUACGUGGUCCUGAGAAAAUGUUCUGGUCAUCGAAUCGAAAACGAUCCGUCGAUCGAUAGAUUGAUUGAAAUACGAACAGUGCUGGAGAAGAUUCGACCCAUAGACUACAAGCUUCGAUACCAGAUAGACAAAUUGGUGAAAACAGCCGUCACCGGUGGCAGUGGCGCUGCAACUGACACAACCUCAUUCCGAGCGAACCCGGCGAACCUGGUAUCACAAAUACCGGAAGCGGGAGAGGAAGCCGGUGGCCAAGAUGCGACAGCAGUCGAUGGUGGUUCUGACGAAGAUUCGGACAGCUCGGCAAAGGUUAUGCUGAAACUGAAGCGUGCCAAGGAAGCGACAAAAAUGUUUGCGCAAGGUGGCACCUCCACUGUGGGAACGGAAACUAUUGCGGCUGAUAGUUCCACAAGCGGUCGACGGAGCAAACACGACCUUUACGUGCCACCCAAACUAACAUCGAUGCCUUACGAGGAGGACACAAAAGCCGAACGAGCCCGAAAACAAAUGGAACGCGCAAGAAAGAGAGCUCUAGGGUCUUCGUUGAUACAGGAUUUAAAGGAUGAGUAUCUCGAUACGCCGGUCGAGCUGUCCAGUAGUUCCCGUGCCCAGCAGAUACUGUCUCGUCGCGAGCGGGAGCGCGAAGAAUAUGAGGAGUCCUAUCUUACGCGUUUACCGGUUACGAAAGCAGAAAAACAGCGUAGCAAAAAGCUAACGACGCUUGCUACCUUGGGCGAUGAGUUAACAAAUUUCACCGAUUUAAGCGUGUUGAAUGAUGACUUUGCUUCUUCCUCGGCAAGUGGUGGGAAAAAGCGCAAAGCCACCAAAGUGAACAAGAAACAUGGUAAGAAGCGACGUUUUCGUUAAAUGCUGGUGAGAAGUCUAUAUCAAAUUAGAAACCAUAUAGGAGAAUAUAAAAAGUGACCACAUCGUUACAAUAGAGCGAUUAUGGUGAUGAUUGGCAUUUUGCAAAGUUAUUCCAUAAAAUGAAGUUUACAAUUCAACAAAUUCGUCUUAACAGAUUUCAUUU